AUGGAGCGCGUGUCGUGGCAACCACUUGCGCUCCUCCUCCUCGCGGCGGCCGCGGCCGUCGCCAGCGGCACUGAGGUCGGGUACGACGGCCGGUCGAUGGUCAUCGAUGGCGAGCGCCGCCUCCUCAUCUCCGGCUCCAUCCACUACCCCAGGAGCACGCCAGAGAUGUGGCCGGAUCUGAUCAGGAAGGCCAAGGAGGGCGGGCUGGACGCCAUCGAGACGUACGUCUUCUGGAACGGCCACGAGCCUCGCCGCCGGCAGUACAACUUCGAGGGCAGCUACGACAUCGUGCGCUUCUUCAAGGAGGUCCAGGACGCCGGCAUGUACGCCAUCCUCCGCAUCGGCCCCUACAUCUGCGGCGAGUGGAACUACGGCGGCCUGCCGGCAUGGCUGCGCGACAUCUCCGGCAUGCAGUUCCGCAUGCACAACAACCCCUUCGAGCAAGAGAUGGAGACCUUCACGACCCUCAUCGUCGACAAGCUCAAGGAGGCCAAGAUGUUCGCCGGACAGGGAGGCCCCAUCAUCCUCUCUCAGAUCGAGAACGAGUACGGGAACGUCAUGGACAAGCUCAACAACGACGAGUCGGCGUCUGAGUACAUCCACUGGUGCGCCGCCAUGGCCAACAAGCAGAACGUAGGCGUGCCGUGGAUCAUGUGCCAGCAGGACCAAGACGUCCCACCCAACGUGAUCAACACCUGCAACGGCUUCUACUGCCACGACUGGUUCCCCAAGAGGACCGACAUCCCCAAGAUCUGGACUGAGAACUGGACUGGCUGGCAGCCAAAAUACGGGCACCUCAAGGACCUCCACAAUGUCCUCAAGUCCAUGGAGAAGAUCCUACUCCAUGGGGACUACAAGGACACCACCAUGGGCAACACCAACGUCAUGGUUACCAAGUACACGCUGGACAACUCCUCUGCCUGCUUCAUCAGCAACAAGUUCGACGACAAGGAGGUCAAUGUGACCCUCGACGACGGCGCAACCCAUGUCGUGCCCGCAUGGUCCGUGAGCAUCCUGCCGGACUGCAAGACCGUCGCGUACAACAGCGCCAAGAUCAAGACACAGACGUCGGUGAUGGUGAAGAGGCCGGGGGUGGAAACCGUGACGGAUGGCCUUGCUUGGUCGUGGAUGCCCGAGAACCUCCAUCCUUUCAUGACGGACGAGAAGGGUAACUUCAGGAAGAACGAGCUGCUCGAGCAGAUCGCGACGUCGGGCGACCAGAGCGACUACCUAUGGUACAGGACAAGCUUGGAGCACAAGGGGGAAUCGAACUACAAGUUGCACGUGAACACGACUGGCCAUGAGCUCUACGCUUUCGUCAAUGGCAAGCUUGUUGGGAGGCACUACGCUCCUAAUGGCGGAUUCGUCUUCCAAAUGGAGACACCGGUGAAGCUCCACUCUGGCAAGAACUACAUCUCCCUCCUCAGCGCCACCAUCGGGCUCAAGAACUAUGGUGCUCUGUUCGAGAUGAUGCCCGCCGGCAUCGUGGGAGGGCCGGUGAAGCUCGUCGACACCGUCACCAACACCACCGCCUACGACCUCUCCAACAGCUCCUGGUCCUACAAGGCCGGCCUCGCCGGCGAGUACAGGGAGACCCACCUCGACAAGGCCAAGGACCGCAGCCAAUGGAGAGGCGGCACCAUCCCGGUGCACCGCCCCUUCACCUGGUACAAGGCGACCUUUGAGGCCCCCACCGGUGAGGAGCCCGUGGUGGCGGACCUGCUGGGGCUCGGCAAGGGCGUGGUGUGGAAGUGCCUCACUGGCUGCAACGAGCCGUCCCAGAGGUUCUACCAUGUGCCACGGUCGUUCCUCAAGGCCGGCGAGCCCAACACGAUGGUGCUGUUCGAGGAGGCCGGCGGCGACCCGACGAGGGUGAGCUUCCACACCGUCGCUGUCGGGGCGGCGUGCGCGGAGGCCGCCGAGGUCGGCGACGAGUCCAAGGCAGCGCUGGCGGCGUUCACGGCAGCGUGCGUCGGCAAGGAGUCGUGCACGGUGCGGCACACGGAGGACUUCCGCGCCGGGUCCGGGUGUGACUCCGGCGUGCUCACCGUGCAGGCAACCUGCUGA